CUUGGAAAUAAAACCUUCAGUCUAAGCUGUUUUCAGAAUAUAUUAGACAUUAGGUAGGUUCAAACAAAAAAAUAUCAAUGCAUUAAUAGAGAUUAAUGCUUAUGAGUUAAAAAAUAAACAAAAAUAAUUUUACGUUUUUAAGUUUGCCUAGAAAUGUUAAGGAAGCCAGUAUCAAAUCUCCUGCUCAAUACUGCUCAUAAAAGCCCAUUAUUAAGCAAUUCUCGUUAUGGUAGUACUAAAGUUGCUGUAGUAUUGUCUGGUUGUGGUGUAUAUGACGGAACAGAAAUCCAUGAAGCUGCUGCAGUUCUGUCCCAUUUGACUAGAAAUAAUGUUACACCCUGUUGUUUCGCACCAGAUACCGCACAGUUGCAUGUUAUAAAUCACCUUCAUGGAGAAGAAGAUAAGUCUCAUAAAAGGAAUGUUCUCAAUGAAUCUGCUCGAAUAGCUAGAGGAAAUAUACAGAAUCUUUGUAAGCUAAUAGAAACACAGUCAAAUUUUAGUGCUGUCAUAUUUCCUGGUGGAUUUGGAGCAGCUAAGAAUCUUUCAGAUUAUGCAAUCAAUGGUAUUAAUUUUUCUAUACAACCAGAGGUUGAACAGGUGAUGAAGGAUUUUCAUUGUGCCAAAAAACCGAUUGGAUUAUGUUGCAUUUCUCCUAUUCUUGCAGCCAAACUAAUAUGCAAUGUUACUAUAACGUUAGGAAGGAAUAUUAGUAAUGGAUGGCCACACAGGACAGCUAUCGAUGACGCAAGGAAACUAGGAGCUAAUGUUCUAGAAACAGAUGUGUCAGAAUAUAUCUUUGAUAAGAAAAACUUGGUAUUUUCAACUCCUGCAUUCAUGUAUGAUGGUUUGUUCCAUGAGAUUGAUGAUGGUAUCGGUGCAAUGAUUAAAUUUAUGCUGACAUUUUCAACACAGAAAUAUCAAAAUUAAAUACGUUAUUCAAAUUGUGCAUGCUGUUAAUUUGUUUUAAUGUCAAUUUUAUAAAAUUACACAAAUAAUUUAGAAAAAAUAUAUAUAUUAAGUUUAAAUACAAUAAUUAAAUACAAUAAUAUACAGUGAUCUCUGUCUUCAAUCAGAAUCUUCUUCUUCCUCCUCGCUCUCCUGAAGUCGGGAACAGAGAUCCAGUUUAAUAGAAUUUAUUAUUUCAGUUUGUUCUGUACAUUUUACUACCUUAUUUGUAGUUUCUGAUUUCUUCUCUUGUUCUGACUGAAACUUCUUGGCGAGUAAAUAUGCCUGUAAUGUAGUUAGUUCUUUAUGUUCCUGAUCUAACUUAAUAAAAUACUGCCUUACAUUAUCUAUCAACAUGUCAAUAUAUUUUUGUUGUUCAGCAAGAUGUUUUGCAUCUUUAGAAUUGUGGGAUACAUUUCUUGUUCUUGGUUUUCUUUUUCCAUACAUCUUUCAAACUAUCUAAACACAACAAUGGACAAUACUAAGUUAAACAAGACAAUAGACAAUACUAAGUUGUCAAGAAUAACCUCCACUGACACCGG